ACUGUCAACAUGACAAUUAACUGUUAUGGAGGGGCAAUUCAGUAUGAAAUUAUAUCUAUUUUUACAGAUAACCAUGAACGAUUUAAUCUUAUAUCUUGAGUGAAUGUGUGUAAUUAUGUAUUGCUUAAAAUUGUGAACGAAGUUCGUGAAGUCCAUUAAAGUUUCGGCGAAUUUCAUUUUGCAAAUUACUGGUUACUGUAAUUUCAAAGUUUUGAUUAACUUUUCCUUCUUAAGCCAUAACAACAUUCACAAUGGGAGAAUCUAGUACUGUUAAAACGUAUACUAGACAUUUUCUAAAAAUUAUAGGUGCAUUUUUGCAAAUAUUUUUCCAUUGGUUAUUUAGUUUAGUGUAUAGUGGAAGUAAAAUAAGUAUGCCUCCAAUCAAUGAUCUUCUUUUGUUGGAAUCCGCAACAUCUUUAGCGUACAAGAUACGGACUAGAAAGAUAAAGAGUAGUGAAGUUCUGCAGUCUUUCAUAGAUAGGAUAAACGAGGUAAAUCCACUUCUCAAUUGCGUGGUAGACAAAAGAUUCGAGGAAGCCAAAAAAGAAGCUCAGAUAGUUGAUGAUUUACUCGCAUCAGAAGUUAUUUCUGAAGAAAAACUUGCUCAAGAAAAACCAUUUUUAGGAGUUCCGUUUACAACAAAAGACUGCAUACCAGUUAAAGGUAUGAUCCAUUCCUCUGGUUUGGUAAAAAGGAAACAUAAUAUAGCUGAAGAAGAUGCUAAAUCUAUAACAUCUUUAAGAAACGCUGGGGCCAUUCCAAUAGCUUUAACCAAUGUAUCUGAAUUAUGCAUGUGGUGGGAGAGUGCCAAUAAAGUGCAUGGCAGGUCACGUAACCCUUAUGAUAUAAACAGGAUUGUUGGAGGAUCUUCUGGAGGAGAAGGAUGCGCGCAAGCUGCUGCCAUCUCAGCGUUCGGUAUUGGCUCAGAUAUCGGUGGUUCCAUCCGCAUGCCUUCAUUCUUCAAUGGAAUUUUCGGUCACAAACCAUCUCCAUUUGUUGUGUCGAACCAUGGUCAAUAUCCAGAACCAGUAACUGAGGAACAAGAUAGAUUUUUAGGCAUCGGUCCUAUGUGUCGUAGAGCGGAAGAUCUUCUUCCGAUAUUGAAAGUUUUGACUGCUUCCCAUAAGGAGAAAUUAAAAUUAGACGAACCAGUGGAUGUGACAAAAUUAAAAUGGUACUACCAGGAUAAUGACAGUGGUUCCUUUAUGGUUUCAUCUGUCGUGCCCGAAAUCAAACAACUGUUUACUAAAGUUUGUAAGCAUUUGGAUAAAGCCUACGGUGUUAAAGCAACCAAGGUAAAUUUCAAAAGAUUUGCGAAAAGUGGUGCAAUGUGGUUCGCUAACAUGAAAUCUCCGAAUGGACCUUCGUUCAGACAACAACUCGCUAACUUGAAUGGUACUGUCAACCCGUGGAUGGAAUUGGUAAAGUGGGUUUUGGGCUUAUCAGAGCAUACAUUCAUUGGUAUAAUGACAUGUUUGGCAGAAAAGGGAGGUUGUAAAUAUGGAGAUGAAAAAUAUGAGUAUUUAGUUCAGGAACGAAAUAAUCUUCGGCGAGAGCUACUUGAGCUUCUUGGUAAUGAUGGAGUAUUCCUGUAUCCGACUCAUCCUACUGCAGCUCCAUACCACAACGAGCCGUUAGUUAAACCCUUCAAUUUUUCGUAUACAGCUGUGAUAAAUAUUCUGGGCUUACCUGCCACACACUGUCCAAUGGGUCUAGACAAAAAUGGUUUGCCCAUUGGUAUACAGGUAAUAGCAGCAGAGAAUAACGAUCGAUUGUGUUUAGCAGUAGCUAGAGAAAUUGAAAAAGCAUUUGGUGGCUGGAUACCUCCAGCUAUUAAAGCUUAAAUUACUCAAAAUAGAGCACGGAAAGAAGUCGGAGUUAUUUUCUUCUUUGUUAUAAUUGUAUAACAAAUAAAUUUGUUGGUAAAAUUAUCAACUAGUUGCUUUAUUUUGAACUCUGACAUUUUUUCUUUUUAUGCCUAAGUAUUCGAAAAUUUAUAAAAAAAUUAACGCAAAAGAUUGUACUGUGCUUUUCCAUAUUUUAUAUAAACUUUUAUAACUACGAAAUUAUUUUUCAAAAACUAUAUAUUUACAAUACACAUAUACUAUUAUAUUUAUGAUUAUUUUUGUUAUUAAAAUAUAGAUGUAAUUUUUUAUACAUGUUAAAGCCUAAUAUCGAUAUAUUUGUACAUUUUUGAUUGUUUGACGUAACAAAUUGUUUAAAUUCAAAACAAUUUCAAUAUUUUUUGGGAACCAUUGCAGUUUUGGUAUAUAUGCUAAACGAGUAGAAACUUUUUGUUAUCAGAAUAUUUCUGAGUAUCACCAAAAAAAGACAGUGAAUUAUUUUAUUAAAAACAAAGUUAAAAGGUAACAGGAGUCUCUUUCAAAGUAGUGCUCUUUUCGAUAAUGUUUUAUCCCAAUAUAAAUAUUAGCUUGGUAGCGUUCUUCCAAAGUUUUUUCUGAAAUUGCUUAAAUUUUUUCUAUCUCUGCGAUUUUGCUGUAUAAUAUGGAAAGACAAGUAGAUUUUUAGCGACCUACAAUUCGCAAACCAAAACAACUUUGAACACGGGGCGUUGUCAUGUUGAAGAAGAAAGAUGUUGAACAAUUUUUCAGGUGUACGUCAUUGCACAUCCUUUCACAAACGUUCUAGUACCCAAAAGUCUGUUUGAAUUAACAAUUUUGGCUAUCUUUUUCAAAUUGUCAUCUGUUUUUGAUUUGAAGUGAUGUCCCGACCGUUCCUCAUCCUUAAAUGACCCAUUUCGACUUUUAAAUCACUCAAACCACUCACUAUAAACUGAUUUUAACAUUUCAAAAACUUUGCCACCUUCUUCCAAUGUGAAACAAUCUUAAUGUGUUGUUCAAUACCCCUAUUCUGAGACAACAACUCCAACUAGAAAUAGUUUUAAAUUGGUUACUACUUACCCAAGCAUAUAAGGGUAUGAGACAUACUAGUUGAAAUGAACGCGUCAUAACUGUUGUUGCUAUCAAAAAUAAUUCAUUGUAUUUUGUUGAACAAACCUCGUAUAUCAUAUUCGCCAAAAGAGUAAAUAAUCGUUAGUUCAUUUUUCUUGGAACAAUUAGUAUAAUAAAUUCAUAUAUUAGCAAAUUAUUUUACUCUUCAAAAGCAACAAUUGCAAUUUCACUUGUGUCUUAAAAAUAUCAAAGAUUGUUGAGUAGCAAUACAUAUAACCUCUCAAAAAUGAACCAAACGGUAUUGGAAAAUAUUUUGGGUAAUAUUCUGUAUCAAUAUAAAAUCGUCAGCAGUAUUAAUUAUAAUCUACCAGUUUAAUUGCAAUGCGAUGGAUUAUAAUAAAACUCAACUGUUAUACUGAAUUAUCUUUCCUUUUCUUCAUCUUCUGAAUAUAGUUUUUAUCAGUAUAUCUCAGCUUAUAGAGCAGGGGUGACCAAGACGUCGGCCGCGAAGAAUAGGAUGGUCAGUUUUUGGUAUAUGAAUAUAUUCGACAGUAAAUUUUUAUUUUGUAAUUUUUUUAUGAAAAAUUGGAUAAUUUACAAUUUUUUCUUGUUAUCAAACAUAAAUACAUAAACAUGUACGUUAUGUUAAUUUAGCUUUGCCAUUGGUACAGCGCAUUCGAUUUUUUUAUAUGGAGUAGACCAUGGAUCUCAAAAGUUUGGCUACCCCUGUUACAGAGCAUUAACCUUAAAGAUAAUCAGCAAAUGCAAGCUCGAGCCAAAGAUAAAUCCGCAACUACAUUCUGGUAGAGAGGAGUGUUCCAUAAAAUUUUUUCCAAUAUAUUAUUAUGGUCGUUAUUGGAAACAUUGGAACUAUCGGUAACAGUAACAAUUUUAUUUCCUUCAAAAAAGUGUAUAAAAACAUGCAAUGUUGCUAACUGUGUCAAAUUAAAAGCUUCAAUUAGGUAUUAUCGAAUGAUUUGAAAUAUACAUACAUCACAGAAAUGAUAUAUUUGAACUAUAAUCAUAUUAAUUAGUUUCCGCUGUCGGAAAGGAAUGUAUCCUUUAUAGAUAAAAAAAAAACAAUAUUUAGAGAAAAUACGCCUUUUCCAAUAUUUAAAAUAAUUUAUAAAACAUACACUAUGUCUUUCUAUCAUGGUAAUAUUGAAUUUUGAUGAUAACUUGGUCAAGUCUGAUUGCUACUAUUUAGUUUAUGCUCUAUUAAAAGAUCUGUCAUCAGCAUAAAUAUAGAAAAAUCAAUUGAAAUUUACUAGUUUUGAAAAUGGUGCUGUGAAUAUAGAUUAUAAAUAAUAAUUUCACAACAGAAAAUGUUAUUGUAAACUGAAAUGGGAAAAUCUCUACUGUACUAUUCACGGUUUGGUUCUAAUACCACAAAAUACUUAUUUAUACUCAUACUAUAUACCCACAGUCUUUCCAAAUAAAAAUGGAAUCGUAUUUAUUACGAACGAAUUUUCAUGAAUGGUUUCAAAAAUUUACAGUUGCAUCAUAUAUUGGACAAGAACUAGCAUCAGUUUUAUUAAGAUUUGUAGAACCGUUAAAAUUAGUUUAUAAUAAUUACGAGACAUGUAUAGGAUUUGAUAGUGUCAUUGUUAUCGAGAGACUAGCUGCCUUCUAUUUACACUCAAGCGAACUGAGACACUCAGUUAUGUAUCUUAUACUUAUACAUUAUCUAAGUGUCGUGAUUCAUAAUUAUUAUUGGUAAGCCAACUGUUAGUUACUCGCAGCGUAAGAAACGACAUAAAUAAAAUAAUAUUAUGUAUAAGAUUAUUCACAUCACUAACUGUUUGCUGUCAUUCAGUAUUGUGUACUUAAUUUCAUAUUUUGAUGACAAAAUCUGACUAUGUCAUGUCUUCAACAUCACUUUCAAUCUGAGUUCAAAAAUCUCACUAAAGCACACGGUCUCAAGCUUAUGCAAAUUGCUGGUAAAAACUCAGUUAGGCUUCACUUGUAAGAUGAAAAGGAAGGUGCAUUGAACUGAGUUAUGUAGUCACAAAUGAGAAUAAUCUGAGUUUCGAUGUAAAUAGAAAGCAGCUUUAUUCUCUAAUAUAAUAAGUUUUUAUUCUUUGGCAUUUGAUUUUAAGAUAUAAUGAAGGGCUAUUGCUUGAGAGUUUUGACAACAGAACUUCUCAUCAACAUCGUCCGAUAUUCUAAGAAAUCAUCGAUUCCGAUCAAGUUUAUCUUAGGGUACUGUCUAGCACAGUUUACAACAUGAUACAAUUCCGCAUCUAAAAUCUGAGACCUAAUUCCAAAGCAUUCACUGCACGUUUUUGGGUUUGGAAUUUACAAAAUUAUUACCCAGUCAUUGAUAUCAUUAAUUAAAAUUCAUCUACAAAUUCUCUUUUCUUGUUCUCUAUUGCAGCUUUAUUUUAUUAUCGACCUUUUAAUUUAAUGUUAAAAAUAAAUGUUGUAUUAUCUGAUGUUUCCUUGCGGCUAAAAUUUUCUUCAAAUGUAUACCAACCAUUUUGGGUCAAAUUAAUUCAUCAAACUUCAAUAAACUUAUAUCACUUUCAAUUUCUAUUAUUGUAUUGUUGAGCCAUUUUAUCAAAAGAAUUCUUCAUUCUAGUUUUGACAAAAAUGAAUUGGUAGAUAGGGUGUAAAAAAUAAGUAAAGCAACUUUAAGAAGUAACAAGCCUAUGUGCCUGUGAAUUGGGAAGAAACAAUUUUUUUGGAUAAAAAAUAUCUUCUCAGGGCUAUAUACCCCUAAACUUUUUUAUGUUGAGUACAACAUAAUUGCUCUUAAUCCACAUGUCUCAAUGAGUACUUGUUUCUAGAAACUCAAUCCCAAGGUGUAGAAUUGUUUAUAAUUAAUGGAAACUGACUGUUAUUUUUGAGUAACCAUCACAGUGUGUUUCAUACUUUUUUAAUGACCAAUAUGAUCACAUUUAUGUAUUUUUAGAAAUAUUUGUAUCUACAUACCAGUUAAACUAGUAAAUAGUACACUCCUUGUAUUUAUACAAACAUUUAUGUGAGAACUUGAGAUUGUGCAUUAUUUUUUUAUAAUUGUUAAAUAUUUUAUAAUAAAAUGGGCUUCUUGUUGUA